AUGCUGACACGAACAUUUUGGUGGGCCAAAUGGCAGAAGUUUGUUGCUAUUCACGGCGUGGAGGUGCAGGCGCUGACGAUGAAUUCAUUCUCGUCCAACGGAUUGUUCCGGUGCCGCAAGAGAAGCAAUUAUGACGCUCUGUCUUACAAUGAGCUUGACAUGGUCAACGACCUUGGUGACGACAGUGCCAUGAGCAACAUCAACGGUAUGUACAGGGCAACGUACCGAGUUCAGCCGCAUGACACAUCGAGGGCGGUGGUCGUGAAGAAGCUGCAGAACGAGAGUGGAACCGUGGACGCCAGUCUUGACGACCGAUGCCAGAAAGAGGUGAACUUGCUGGGCAGCAUUUGCCACGGCAACAUCAUCAGUCUUGCAGAUUGCAUUCGAAGGGACGACUCCAUCCUGCUCGUGUAUGCCCACGGGGAGAACGGCAGCCUCCACCAGUGGCUGCACCCCGUGGCCGAGGGGGGCCGGCAGCGCCCCCCGCUGGACUGGCCGACGAGGCGGGCCAUCGCCGUAGGCAUCGCCCGAGCGGUCUGCUACCUGCACCACGGACGCAACAACACCGUCGUGCAUCACAACAUCAACUCCACCAACAUCUUGCUAGACAGUGAUCGCAACCCCAAGCUCGCGGGUUUUGAUCUUGCACGGAUCAGCCUUGCCGGGCCUGACCAACCAGUGCCGGUUUCGGAGCUCACCGCCGGCAACAUAUUCGGGUACACGGCUCCAGAAUAUGCGACCGUGGUGACCGCGAAGGUCGACGUGUAUAGCAUCGGCGUGCUGCUACUUGAGCUCGUCACCGGGCGGGUGGCCAACGAAGCGGGUGUGGACGGCCACUUGGCAACCUGGGCAUGGAGACAUUGCAACCGCCUGAUGGAGAACGCUGGAUAUUUCAGCGACGUCGUUGACAUGGGUAUCCCGAAUCGAGUGCGGUACCACAAGGAAAUGGCGGCCAUGUUCAGGCUGGGCGUGGAUUGCACGGCCAAGGACCCGCGGGAGAGGCCAGCCAUGCCCAAGGUCCUCUGCCGCCUCCGCAAUCGUGGCCGCUGA